CACGCAAUUCACUGCACGAUUCAAACGAGGUGGAAAGCAUCGCGAUAAGUGUGGGACGUAUAAAACGCUGAACAUUUCAUCUCUCGGUUCUGAAAGCCGCUUCCUCCUUCUUCUAAACAGAAGCUACUGAGAGCGAGCGAGAACAGCUUUUUCAACAUGUCUGCCGGGAACGCUCAGAUAGGAAAACCAGCUCCUGACUUCAAGGCUACUGCUGUGAUGCCUGACGGCCAGUUCAAGGACAUCAGCCUGUCAGACUACAGAGGGAAGUACGUGGUGUUCUUCUUCUACCCGCUGGACUUCACCUUCGUCUGCCCCACCGAGAUCAUCGCCUUCAGCGACGGCGCCGACGACUUCAAAAAGAUCAACUGCGAGGUGAUCGGAGCCUCGGUGGACUCGCACUUCUGUCACCUGGCGUGGAUCAACACCCCCAGGAAGCAGGGCGGCCUGGGGCACAUGAAGAUCCCGCUGGUGUCGGACACGCGGCGCUCCAUCUCUCAGGACUACGGCGUGCUGAAGGAAGACGAGGGCAUCGCCUACAGAGGCCUGUUCAUCAUUGAUGACAAGGGGAUCCUGCGGCAGAUCACCAUCAACGACCUUCCUGUGGGCCGCUCCGUGGAGGAGACCCUGAGGCUGGUGCAGGCCUUUCAGUUCACAGACAAGCACGGAGAGGUGUGCCCCGCGGGAUGGAAACCCGGCAGUGACACCAUCAAGCCCAACGUCCAGGAAAGCAAAGGCUUCUUCUCCAAGCAGUAGCAAGCGCACUCGAGUCUGCUCAGUGCUGUAGCUUCAACAUCUAAAAAUCUGGUGAUGCGAGUAGAUAGUGUGCCAGGAAGAAAAAAAUGAAUGUUGUGACCUAUUUUGUAUUUGUUACUGUAAAGAGGGAGGGGGGAGAGAGGAAACAUGAGAGCAAAGCUCAUUUGUUUGUGAAAUCUCUUGAUGUUGAGGGGUCGGUUAGUUGUCAUAGCAAUGCUUGUAGCCGAUGCCGUUUCUUCGUUUUGUGCUUGAAUGGCAUCUGUUUGUGUCUCUUUUGAAGAGAACGGUAUGUUCUAACUCUCACAGCUGCCCCCAACUCUCAACGUGCUUUGUGGCAAAAAAACGUCUGACCCAAAUAAAAAAAAAAACGUAUUGUG